GUCGUUACUAGCGUUCUCACAGCUGAUCUUACUCUGGGUCUGCGAUGGAUGCCAGUUGGCUUCCACGUGACAGUACAAGCUGAUGGUACUGAAUGGCAGACGAGCAACAAACCUGUACUUGUAGAUCAGGCCAUCGUCGAAUGAUACGACCACACACUUCUGCAAGUCAUCCUUCUUGUCUUCCCUGCAGGUAUUGAGAAAGUUCUAGUCCAUACAAGCCAUCUUCUAGAGUUCAAGCCAGUUGUAUACCUCAUUUGAAUUGGGUACCCAUGCUCGGUCAUGGAGAACACCUCCGCACAUUCGAGAUCCUCGUUAGAGAAUUACUGGAACGCAACGCAGAAAAAAUUCACGUCCUUUCGUCUUUCAGCCCAAGUACGGGCGAUAUCGUAUCCUCAUGUACUUCGCUCUUUGCCACUGUGGAGCAGCAAGUUUCUUAUGUAGACGACACUACGGUUUUUUGCCCGAUUGUUCCUUCGACAUCCUGCGACACACAUGCAUUGAGACUCAUGACGGAUGCAGGACAUCGUCUUCUUGUGCGCUUUCACAGGACACAAGAUUAUAGGGAUCUAGACCGAUCCAUCAAGGAAUUCGAACGCACCUCUGAUCUCUGCCUCAUUGAUCGUCCCUGCCGCCCUGCAGCACUGCCAAAUUUAGCUAUCACGAAGUUCGUCAGUUUCCAGGUUAAUGGAACCUACCUCGACCUCAACAUCCCCAUCUCUCUCUUCCAAGACGCCCUUCGGUUACGUCCUACCAGUCAUCCGGACCGGCCCGUCAUCCAGCUCCAUCUUGCCAUUGCUCUGUUGUGAUGCUUUGCGACACGGGGAUUUCAAGCAGAUGCUGG